AUGGCGUUAAAUGAUCAAGCACUUGGUAAUGUUGACGCUACAUUGCAACAAGAUAGCGAAUGGCUCAAAACUUUUGAAGAAAAUAUAGAAAAGAGCAGAGUAUUAAGUAAUGAAAUUAACACUGUAUUAGAAAGUUUUCAAAAUAGAUUGGUGCAGUUGGAUCAAAGCAUUGUACCACUUCAUGAAAAAACCUCUCUUUUGCAACGAAAACAAGCAAAUAUUAGAAAGGUGCUGAAAACUGUUGAUGCAAUGCAACAGUUUUAUGGCCGAGCUGCUGAACUAGAAUGCUCAAUACGAGAAGGAAAUGCAUCAGUAGACAGAGAACAAUUCAUCGAAAGAAUGGAACAGUUAGCGGAAGCGAUUUCCUUUUUUUGCUCUCACCCAACAUAUCAGAAUCAGCUUGAUAGCAUGAAGCUAACUUUUGAGUCUGGUUGCUGUGCUCUGGAGAAAGAGUUUCGGAAUAUGUUAAUGGCUAAUUCAAUUGUUUUGAAUGCAGCAGUCAUCAGCGAAUGUUUGGACAAUGAAUAUGAAGUAAUAUCUACUCGGCUGCGUGGAUCGACCACAUUACGCAACGUUGAACAAUGUGCACAAAUAGCGCGUUGGUUAUUAAUAUAUAAUCCAGAAGGUUCUGUGAUAAAAACAUACGCAAAUGUUCGUUGUGAUAAUAUGCUCCGAACCCUGGUUGGAAUUAGCCAACAUGAUUUUAGUGCAAACAGCAAAGAUAAUACUUUGUUGUCUUCAAAAUCAUCAGUGUCCUUGAAACAAGCUCUGCGAAAGGCUACCGGCCGUUCCUCCGAAAGAUCUGUUCGGGAAUGGCGUGCUUCAGACAAUUAUGUUGAGAAUGUUUUGGUCUCUUUCGGAGCAUUUCUUGUGCUUCUAGAGAUAGAAACAGAGCUGAUAAGUAAAAUAAUAGCAGAUGUGAGUGCCGAAGCCAAAGUGCAACAAUUAUUGUUUGGUCCUCCAUUAUUUUAUGUUGUGGAGCGUGGGAUCAGUCUUAUGGAUGGAAUUGGAUGUUCUCUAAUUCCGUUGCUACCUCUUCUGAAGCACAUUAACGCGCAUUACUUGCAGUUGCUGUCUCUUGGAAAUAACGCUGUUGAAACUGUACCGUAUGAGAAUUUUGUAAAAAAAGUUAAUGAGAAAGCAAAGGAUGCUCUUGAUGAUUUCUUCAAUCAUUUGACAAAUGAUCCUAACAAAUUCAUUCCAGCUGACGGCACUGUUCAUCAAAUUACUUCAAAUACGCUUAAUUUUUUGAGCAGUUUGAUGGACUAUCGUCAAACUGUUACAGCUUUGUUGACUGCUACUGGAGCGAAGGGGAACCCAACAACUCAUUUCCCGCGGCUCUUUGCUCGUGCAUUAAGUGCAUUAGGUUUGAAUUUAAAAUCUAAAGCAGCAGCUUAUAGCGACGAAACACUGGGUGCGGUUUUUCUUUUAAACAAUAAUAAUUAUAUUCAUAAUGCUCUUCAAAACAAUGGUAUGUUUGCGGUGGUUGGUGAGCAUAACUCUCAAGUGCGUUCUUUCUAUCGGUCAGAAAUCGACGUGUAUUGCAAAAAAUAUCUUCAAAGCUGGAAUCGCGUAGUUUCAAUUAUAGCUGUAGAUCUUUCUGCUUUCGAUGACAAAACAACGCUAAAAAAUGCACUUGCGGCAUUUAAUGCUGAACUGGAAAGACUAAUUAAUGUGCAACAGGAUUACUGCUUUUCGGAUGCUAAGUUGGCACAUGAUGUCAAAUCCGAAAUAAAGUCACUAAUAUGUGAGCCGUAUGCAGAAGUUUACGCACGAGUGACCCGUUCUCUCGUAUCAAAAGGUUCUGAAAAGCAUUUGAAACACACACCCGAAUCACUUCGUAUGAUCAUCGACCGACUUUUUGAUGUAGUAGCAUGA